GAAAGAAAGAAAAAAAAAUUUAUUAUUUUGUUGUCUUGUUAAUUUAGUUCCGGAAACUAAUCCAGGACGGCUAAACCUAAUUUCCAGCUGCUGAUUCUAAAUACGAAUUACUGCUUCUUAAGAAAGAAUUUCUCCUCCAAUCACAUCGAUACUCAGCAGUUCUAAUUUUUGUUGGGAUAAUCUCCUACCAAGAUGGAGAAGAACAUGGUUUAUUUGUUGGCGGAAUUGGUUCUGAUGCAGUAUGCCAUGAUAAUGUUCUCCGCUCCGGCCAUGUUGGCUGCCUCUGCAGUCUAUGCAGCAAGGUGCACCACUUAAGCUUCAUAGCAGCUUCUGUGAAUCUCAGCUCAGCUAAUAGCAUUGGUUAGCUUUCGCUCCGGCGCUGCAGAACACAAGUUUCAGAUCGUUUACAGGAAAUAUGCAAGUGAAAUUCUGUACUUAAUGCUGGUUUAUUACUUUCCCCAGCCAAAAUCCGUUCGCUUGAUGACCCAGAGGCUUUUGGCUGGAUACAGUAAUUGCUACAGCACUAAUAGUGAAAGAGAAUAGAAGGUAAUUCUUCUUCUCCGCAUGAUGUGCUGAAACCAUCCAUGAGUACCCAACCAGAAGCAGCUCGGUUUCAUCAAUUGCAUAACCUCAAAACACCAUUGAUCAUGGUCUCGUUUUUAAGUCUCGAGUAUUGAAAAUCAGAGAUCAACCAAUUAAAGUGAAUUAAAGCACUAUAAAUUUCAUUUCUUGGUGCUAGAGCCCGUUUGUGUAAACUUGGGCCUGGUUCUCAGGAAUAAAACACAUGGAACAACUAGCCACCUAACUUUCAUCGUGCACGUGUAAUAGCUAAUAUCCACUCGUUUCAUUAAGAAAGUAGAGUUGCUUCACUGGACUGACAGAGAAGAACUUGACGAUAAUGGAAGCUCCAUGGAGUUUUAUCCUUAUAUGCACCAUUUUCAUUCUGGGUUCUUCUUCUUCUUCCUUAGCAUCAUCACCAAUAGAGGCGUAUCCCUCUAGCUAUGGAGAUGACUGCAAUAUAGUGGUUCCCCCGCCACCAAAGAGAGAAGUUUAUGGGAAGAAUGGAAGGAUAAUUGACAUCACUCAUGAAAUGAGGUCUGAUUUACCAAUUUUUGGUUCACCGGAAGGUGUGGGUCAGCUGGUGCGGUUUGCAGUAAGUAUGAAAAAUGGUUCUUUGUAUAACAUUUCUGAGUUGAAGUUGAUAACCCAUGCCGGUACUCAUGUUGAUGCACCUGGACACUUCUACGAUCACUAUUUCGAUGCUGGUUUUGAUGUUAAUUCACUCGAUCUUGAUCUUCUCAAUGGUCCUGUACUGUUAGUGGAUGUUCCUAGAAAUAUGAACAUUACUGCUGAAGCUAUGGAGUCUUUAAACAUUCCAAGAGGAGUGCGUCGAGUGAUAUUCAGAACAUUAAACACUGACAGGUUGCUUAUGUACAAAAACCAGUUCGACACCAGUUUUGUUGGUUUUACACAGGAUGGAGCACAGUGGCUGAAAGAUCACACUGAUAUCAAGAUGGUUGGAGUUGAUUACUUAUCCGUUGCUUCAUGGGACGACAAUGUUUCUGCUCAUCUCGUGUUUCUUGAAGGCAGGGACAUCAUUAUUGUGGAAGGCCUGAAACUGGAUGGUAUCGACGCUGGGCUGUAUUCUUCUGUGCAUUGCUUACCUCUGAGAUUGGUUGGUGCGGAGGGAUCUCCAAUAAGAUGCAUUCUGAUAAAAUGAUAAUAAUUUCCGCUUAACCUCACAGUUUUACUACACUCUUGUGGUUACUAGACGAGCAUUUGCUCUUCAUUACAGUUCAAUUCCAUGAUUGUUAGUACUAUAUUCUUGUUCUACUGCUAGUUGUUUCUGAUGAGCCCAACAGUGUUGAAUUCUCCACCAUUUGUUAAUCUUAAUCUAUUUUUGUUUUAGUCA